GAGGGCCGGGCCGGCCGGGCAGGGAGUGUGGGUCGGUUCUGUGCGCGCUGCCGGACGAGGCUCCCGCCGCUGAUUGACCCGCGCUCCGCCCCGCGGCCGGGCCGUUCUGUUCCAUAGAGGUAACCAUUGGGAUCCUGGUAGCUAAUGUCAGAAGAAAGUGACUCUCUGCGAACCAGCCCUUCCGUGGCCUCACUCUCCGAAAAUGACCUGCCGCCACCCCCCGAGCCUCCUGGCUACGUGUGCUCGCUGACUGAAGAUCUGGUCACCAAAGCCCGGGAAGAGCUUCAGGAGAAGCCGGAAUGGAGACUCCGGGAUGUGCAGGCCCUUCGUGACAUGGUGCGGAAGGAGUACCCGAACCUGAGCACGUCCCUCGACGACGCCUUCCUGCUGCGCUUCCUCCGAGCCCGCAAGUUUGAUUACGACCGGGCCCUGCAGCUCCUGGUCAACUACCACAGCUGCAGGAGAAGCUGGCCCGAAGUCUUCAACAACCUGAAGCCAUCAGCCUUAAAAGAUGUCCUCGCCUCCGGGUUCCUCACCGUACUGCCCCACACUGACCCCCGUGGCUGCCACGUCCUCUGCAUCCGCCCAGACAGAUGGAUACCAAGCAACUAUCCAAUCACCGAAAACAUCCGAGCCAUAUACUUGACACUGGAAAAACUCAUUCAGUCUGAAGAAACCCAGGUGAAUGGAAUUGUCAUUCUUGCCGACUACAAAGGAGUGAGCUUAUCAAAAGCAUCUCAUUUUGGCCCUUUUAUAGCCAAAAAGGUGAUUGGCAUCCUCCAGGAUGGCUUCCCCAUUCGGAUAAAGGCAGUCCAUGUUGUGAAUGAGCCUCGAAUAUUUAAAGGCAUUUUUGCCAUCAUCAAACCAUUUCUGAAGGAGAAAAUCGCAAACAGAUUCUUCCUCCAUGGAUCUGACUUGAGCUCUCUCCACACAAGCCUUCCACGAAACAUUCUCCCCAAGGAGUAUGGGGGCACGGCCGGGGAGCUGGACACUGCCACCUGGAACGCGGUGCUGCUAGCCUCAGAGGACGACUUUGUGAAGGAGUUCUGCCAGCCUCUCCCUGCCUGCGACAGCAUCCUGGGCCAAGCACUGCUGCCUGAGGGACUGACCUCGGAUGCGCAGUGUGAUGACUCUAUGCGAGCUGUGAAAUCACAGCUGUACUCCUGCUAUUAACUAGUCCUGUGUCACUAUCUUUACUAUCUUUUAUUUUUUUUGACAUAGGGUCUCCCUUUGUCACCCAGG